AUGCCAUUUAUCGGACGCGAUUGGCGUGCAAAUGGAGAACAAUGGACAAAAACUGAACUUGGCUCAUGGCAACGACCAAAACCAAUAUCACUAUCAAAUUCUUUAACAAAUCUAAAUGCAAGUCUAUCCGAUAUACUCAAUGCACUUGAUAUUGUUAAUUCAGUUAGUAACAUUCGACGUUUUAAUUAUGUUGCAAAAGUUGUACAAAUUUUAUUGAAAGAAAAAUUAAGCGAAUUAAGUGGCAAUGCUCAACGUUGUUUAUUUCAGAUUAUCGAACGAAUGAUCGAUACGGCUCUUAAAACUGGCGAUAAUAUUCCUUUAAUGCAACGGAUAGUGACGCAAUUUCUUAAUUCUAUAGAAGCUGCAUAUCCAUUUUAUUAUUAUAUUGGUUCAAGUCAAUUAUGGCAACAACAUAUUGAAAAGUUAACACAUAUGAAAGAGAAAAUGAAACAUAUUCGAGUAAAUCGAAUAAAAACAGAUGAAGAUAAUAGUAAAAUAAAAUUUGAUUAUCUUCCAGUUGAAAUGCAACGUGAAAUAGUUCGACGAUUAGAUAGCGGCGCAGAUAUAGCAAAUGUGGGAAUGAUUAAUUCAAAUUUAUAUCGAGUAACACAAGAAUUACUUCUUUGGCGACAAUUAUGUCUUCAUCAUUUUGGUGAUGAAACUAAGAAUAGUAAUCAAACAACAGUAUUCGGAGAGAAAAUUUCUGGUUUUCUUCGACGACAAAACAAAAAUAUGAAUGUGGAUAUGGAUAACGUUGAUUGGAAAAAAAUUUAUUUUGUAUUAAAACGACAAUAUGGUCUUCGAGAUGUUUAUGCUGAAAUGAUUCAUCAAUGUCAAUUAUGUAAAUAUUUAUACUGGCAGGAUGCUGAUCAUCCAUGUCCAUAUGAAAAACUUUCAUCGUCAUCAAAACCUAUUACACCACGAAAACUUGUAAUUAUGUUAAUAUAA